UUACUACAGAAAAGAAUAUUGAAAUAAAGACAUUUAUCUAUAAAAACGGGAUACAAUAUCCACAAACCCUUGAACCAGAAAAUCACACAAUUUGGAAGUUCUAUACUAAACAAGAAACAGAACAAUUACUAAUUACACCAGAACUAAAGAAAUACCUAGAAGAAAUAUUUAAACAAAUAGAAGCAACUAAUGGAUCUAAAAAAGGAUCUUAA